GAAAUCCCUAAACUCGAUUCUUCUCUCUCAAACUCAAUCGAUCAUCGUGCAAUCUCUCUCUAGCAAUUAUUACUCGAUUGAUUCUGUGAAACUCUGAAUGUGUUUUUGUUCUUGCUGCAUCGUAUUACUUCCAAAUCUGCUCUGUUUUGAGUAAAGGUAUCACCUUUAUCCCUUAUCUUCAACAACUCCAGUUUCAAAAAUUUACCAUUUCAUAAAAUUCAAAUUCAGUUCUUCGUUGUGUUACUGGAAGUGAAAGUAAUGGCGCUCUGUAACUUGAAUCCAACUCAAGGGAUAUUCCCAUUGCAAGGCUUAUCAAAAUCUCAAGAAUUUAUAUGCUUUUCUUUGCUUCAAUCUCCACGUUGCGGAAGUUACUCCUCGUUGAAGACGAAAAGGUUUGGCUUUUGCAUCAGAUCAAAGUUCUCAGAGAAGGAAGCUGGGAAAUUGGACAGAGGUUAUGUUGCCACUGUGAACAGCAAGGAAAUAAAGAAAGUGGGGAAGAAAGAGCAUCACUUGUGGAAGAAGAAUGACUCUGCUGGGUCUGGACAGAAAGCACUUAAUCUUGUUCGAAUGCUCUCUGGACUCCCAAAUGAAAAAGAGGCUGUUUAUGGAGCUUUGAAUAAAUGGGUAGCUUGGGAGGUUGAAUUUCCCAUUAUUGCUGCAGCUAAGGCGUUGCAAAUCUUAAGAAAGAGAAGUCAGUGGCAUCGUGUGAUUCAAUUGGCUAAGUGGAUGUUAAGCAAAGGGCAAGGUGCUACAAUGGGAACAUACGAUAUCCUCUUAUUGGCAUUUGAUAUGGACGAAAGGGCUGAUGAGGCAGAGUCCUUAUGGAACAUGAUUCUGCACACACAUACACGAUCCAUCCCAAGACGCUUGUUCGCUAGGAUGAUAGCGUUGUAUGCUCACCAUGACCUUCACGAUAAGGUUAUCGAGGUCUUUGCAGACAUGGAAGAGCUGAAGGUGAGCCCAGACGAAGACUCUGCGAGGAGAGUGGCACGAGCCUUCAGGGAACUCAACCAAGAAGAAAAUCGAAAACUGAUCCUUAGAAGGUACCUCUCUGAAUACAAAUACAUCUACUUCAAUGGUGAGCGGGUUAGAGUCAAAAGAUAUUUCUCUGAAGAUAGUUGAUUUCAUUCUUAUGAACACACACAACCACACACAUGUAUAUGUAGAAGUUACCCCCAAGUUUUUUACCCUUGAUUGUAAUUUCUAAUUUGUGAAUUCAUCAAGAAGAUGGUAAAAUGAAUCUCCAUUUAUAAAGUUAUCUUUUAUUCUCGAGAAAACAAACGAAUUGUCAAAUGUUCAAUGACACUCAUGCUUUAUAGUGUUCAUAAUUCCUUGCAUGUGGUUGGUAGUGUAGUAGAUAUGAUCAUUUUUUCUGUUCUAUUUUUUGAAAUGUUUCUUUAUUUGAAAA